UUUUACUUAUCUUGUGGGCCUUUAGUAAUCAAUCAAUCAAUCAUAGAAGCUGACGCAGAAACAAUAUAAGACAAAAAGAGCCCUGCAAAGCAAUCACAAAAGCUUAUUAUCAUCUACCCAGAGAGCAAUGGCAGAAACCAGCAAUCCUUCUGUAAAAAGGUGUGCCCUUGUAACGGGAGGAAACAAAGGAAUCGGUUUUGAGAUCUGCAGGAAGCUAGCUGCAAAUGGAUUAGCAGUCAUAUCAACAGCAAGAAGUGAACUAAAAGGAAGAGAAGCUCUUGAAAAGCUUCAAGCUUCUGGGCUCUCAGAUGUGUUUUUCCAUCAGCUAGAUAUAAAAGACUCUGCAAGUAUUGCAGCUUUAGCAAAGUUCGUCGAAAUCAACUUCAGAACACUUGACAUUCUGGUGAAUAAUGCAGCAAUUCCUGGACUUAUUAUUGUGAGCCCUGAGAAAUUUAUAGAUGGAGGAGGAUUUUAUCAGGUGAAUGAUGAGAAUGCUCAGCUGUUAAAAGGAAUCAUCGAGGAGGACUAUGAAUUAGCAGAAGACUGUCUGAGAACAAACUACUAUGGAGCAAAAGCAGUCACUGCAGAGCUGCUUCCACUACUCAAACUCUCUGAUUCAGCAAGAAUAGUGAAUAUGACAGGAACAUUCGGAGAAUUAAAAUGGAUUUGCAAUGUGAAAGUGAAAGCGGAGCUGGAUGAUGUGGAGAACUUGACAGAGGAGAAGAUUGAUGAGAUUGCAGAGUGGUUUUUGAGGGAUUUCAAGGAGAACAAACUGAAGGCUAAUGGUUGGCCUAUUAAAGCAUCGGCUUUUAAAAUAUCAAAAGCAGCCAUCAAUGCCUAUACAAGACUGCUGGCACGAAAUCACCCCAAUAUAUCAGUUAACUGUGUUCAUCCAGGCUAUGUCCAAACAGAUAUUACAAGUGGAACAGGGCCCUUGACACCCGAGGAAGGCGCUAGAGCUCCAACGAUGGUGGCACUUUUGCCUAAUAACGGUCCUUCUGGUAUUUACUUCUCAGAGAUGCAGCCAUCAGACUUUUAGUACUGGUAUUAUGCCAUCUUUGUUAUCUUUUUAUCAAGUCUCCAGCUGAUAGCUCUUUCUAUCGAACACAUUAUGCAGUUUCGUAUGAAGAAAAAUUAAAUAUGUCAUAUCAAAACACAAUUUCAUUGUAACAUCAAGAAAGUUUUUUGCUCCCUGUUU